AUGCAGCGCUACGGCGAUUCCCCCAACUUCAACCAGAGCGAGUUGCUCGAUGACUUGAUAAUAGACGAGAUACUCUCGUUGGAGGACGAGCAGCGCAUCCGGGGAAAGACACAACCGCUGCCGAUCUCGCACUCGUACGCCGACAACUUGACGAACAUCUCGGCGAGCCGACCCAUUCCCGGCGGGAAUAAUUCAUCUGGCGGCUCCGGGCACUCGACGUCUCCAGUGGGCGGUAUCGGAAUCCCGGGCGUUCAGUCGAACUCGUUCCGCCAUGUCGUCUCCUCAUCAGCCCCCACCUCAUCACACGAUAUGGAUCAUAUGGUGCGCGGCUCGUCGCAGGGCCCAAUCAACGGCGAUGACGGCGAUUUCUACCGGGACCGCAGGAAGAAGGACAUCCAUAAUAUGAUCGAACGCCGCCGGCGCUACAACAUCAACGACCGGAUCAAGGAGUUGGGGUUGAUGCUCCCGAAAGGCAGCUCAGAGGACAUGAAGCUCAACAAGGGCACCAUACUCAAGGCGUCGUGCGACUACAUUCGCCAGCUGCAACGCGACCGGGAUGUAAUGAUGAAGCAACAACAGCACCAGAGCAAGCUCGAGGUGACCGCCAAGCAGUAUGCCGAUCGAGUGCGGGAGCUCGAGGAGAUCCUCGCCCAGAACGGGCUGAACGCGCCGAGCGGAAACCUCCCGCCACUACCCGUCAUCCCAGCCGCGCCGCGCCAGAUCAAGCAGGAGAUUGACGAGAGCCCGAAUCAUACGCCGUGUGGAUCCCUGUCCUCAUCCGGCUUCAUGUCCCAACUGUCCGACACGACGGCCGCGAUGGCCAUCGCCAGCCCGAUCGGCCGAAUGCACCACAACUCCGACUACUUUGGCACAAGCCCCGACUAUCAGACGCCGCAGUGGAGGCCCGACAGCCACAAGAACAUGCCGUUCAGCGACCUCAUCAUGGAGGACAUGAACUUGGCGACGAAUCCGCUUCUACACUCGGACCCGCUAAUGUCCCAGGCCGGCGGGCCAUCUCCCAAUUUGGCGGCCAGCCAAAUGUCGCCGGAUAUUGGAUGGGACCAGUCGAACUUUAGCCCCGACGCCGGCCAGAACCAAAUGCACAACAACCACAACAUGGACUACACC